CCCCUUGGUUUUAGGUUAUGUCUUGUGCUUAGAAAAUUUAAAAAAUAUUCUUACUAUUUUUCGCCGAAAAUAUUUACUGCUUUAAGUGUGGGAGUAGGUUUACGUGUUAUUAAAUCGUUGGGGCUUCCGGUUUCAAAAUUACAACCAUACGGUCACUACGGUCGUUCUAUAAACUGCACUAUGGAGAAAUUUCAAUAUUUAUUAUUUCUGGCCUUCAUUUUCAUGAUAAACAGCGAAUCUCUCACAGACGAGUCUGAUUACUAUAAGUUAUUGGGUGUAGAUAGAGAUGCUACAGUAAAAGAAAUAAGAAAAGCAUUCAAAACACUUGCCGUGAAGCUCCAUCCUGAUAAGAACAAGGAAAAUAAAGAUGCAGAUGCUAUUUUUAUAAAACUGGUAAGAGCAUAUGAAGUUCUAAAAGACCCUGAUACCAGAAAACAAUAUGACAUACAUGGUGAUUCAGAUUCACAAAAAUUUAGGAAACAAUAUCACAGCUACACUUAUUAUAGGGAUCAGUUUGGCAUCUAUGAUGAUGAUCCAAUCAUUGUAACACUGAGUAAAAAUGAUUAUGAGCUCAAUAUCUUGGAUACCAAUCAGGCAUGGUUUAUUAAUUUUUACUCCCCGAAUUGCCACCACUGUCAUGAGUUAGCUCCUACUUGGAGAAAAUUAGCUAGAGAAUUGGAAGGUGUCAUUCGUGUUGCUGCAGUCAAUUGUGAGGAUGAUUAUAAUUUGUGCUACCAACUCAGUAUUGAAUCAUAUCCAACUCUAUUAUACUAUGAAAAAGAGUCACACCUUUAUGAAGGCAUCAAAUAUGUGGGAGAUAGAUCAGUUGAAGCUUUGGAAGAAUAUGUGCUGUCUAAUUUGCAAGUGGACAUUGAACAGAUCACUACAGAGAAAUGGGGACAAGUGGAAACAGAACAAUGGCUGCUAUUCUUAUGUCCUGAUGAAUCAUCAAAUUGCCCAGAGAAGAAAACUAUGAUAAAGCUAGCAGCAUCUUUGGAAGGAUUGCUGUCUGUAGGAUUGAUAACAGAUGAAGAGCUCUGUAAAAAAAUAUCUGAAAGUCAGUCUAUAGUAAUGUGGAUGCCACAAAAGUUUAACCCAAAUGAUUCAAGUAGUCCUAUAAUAGGAUUAUAUAAUAUUGAAGGUUCUGAUGCUAGAGAUAUUUUGGAAAAUGUUUUAGGAAAGUUGCCCAAUCCAGAAACUAUUGAUGAAGAUAAAUUCAAGGAAAUAAGAUCAAAUUUGAGAAGUGAAUUACAGAAACCAUGGCUUUUAUGUUUCUACUUAGGUCCAGCUACUGAUUUGAAUUUACAACUAAAACGCCUUCCACCAUUGAUACCAAAUAUUAAUAUAGGUUUGGUUCACUGUGGAAAAAGUUCAGUUCUAUGUUCAAGUCUACAUGUUGUAAGAUAUCCUACAUGGGGUGUUCUUAAAGUUGGUGGUGCCUUUGAAUUACACCAAGGCAGAGAUAUUCUAUAUGAGAUUGCAAAUUUUGCUAAAGACAGUGUCAAAACCACAAAUUUACAUGCUCUGUCACCUGCAGAUUUUAAAAACCUUAUUCAAGAAGGUUCUCCUUGGUUUAUUGAUUGGUAUGCUCCUUGGUGUCCACCCUGUAGAAGGAUGCUUCCAGAAUUGAGAAAAGCAAGCCAAAAUUUCAAGCCAGAACACAUACAAUUUGGUACCAUAGAUUGUACCCUGCACAGGAAUCUUUGCCAAAAAGAAAACAUACAUUCCUACCCCACCACAAUGUUAUAUAACAAUUCUCAGAUUCAUCGAUUCCAUGGAGUGAAUGAUGAAGCCAGCAUGACUGAAUUUGUGGAGGAUAUGAUGAAUCCCACUGUCAUCAACCUGGAUGAAGAUUCUUUCAUACAGUUGAUGAGAAAGCCCAAAGAGGAACUGUGGAUUGUUGAUUUUUUUGCACCUUGGUGUGGGCCUUGUCAAAAAUUAGGACCUCAGUGGAGAAAGCUAGCUAAGCAGGUUGCAGAUAUUCCAGAAAUUAAAGUGGCACAAGUUGAUUGUGUGGCAAGUGCAGAACUCUGUGAUUCCCAGAAUGUCAGAAGCUAUCCAGCUGUCAGGUUAUAUCCAAUAGGGUCUAAAGGACUGAGCAGUGUGGCGAUCUAUAAUGGGAAUAGAGAUGCUUCCAAUUUGAAGAGAUGGGUGUUGAGUUUUUUGCCGUCGCCAGUGGAAAACCUGAAUGCCAAAGACUUUCAAACGAGCAUUCUGUCAAAAAAGUAUGUUUUACCUUGGAUCGUUGAUUUCUAUGCUCCAUGGUGUGGGCAUUGCACACAUUUUGAACCUGAAUACAGGACUGUAGCUCAGAGAUUAGAAGGUCGUGUGAGGAGUGCCAAAAUUGACUGUGAAGCAGAACGAAUUUUCUGCGGGAAACAGGGAGUAACAGGUUAUCCAACUGUGAGACUUUAUUUUGCUCCAAAGGAAUUUUAUAAGAUAGAAAGUAGGCAAGCAUCACAAAUUAUCAAGGAAGUUAAUAGAAUUAUUAAAGAAAGAGAGCAUGCCAAUGAUCAUGAUGAACUAUAAUGAAAAUUUCUAUUCUAUAUUAAGUGCCAUGUUGAGGGGAUUGUCAUUUAAGAAUCUCAAAGAUUUUACAGAUUGUUUCUGAGCAAAGCUUUCCUUCUUCCAUUUUUUCCAUUCCUAUUAUAUUUCAUCUUGGCUUAAAAAUGAAAUUGAAGUUCCUGCCUAGAAGUAAGUGAUGAGUAUUUUGCCAUGUUAAAAUGACUUGAAUAUUUUUACAAUUUAUUUACCUAACACAUCUGAUUGUGAUUCUCUUUUUAUUAUUUUCUCAAAGUAGGUUGACAAAUAACACUGCCUUAUGAUACUUUACAUUUACAAUACAAAAUAUGUUUAUUUUAACAGUAUUUCUUGUGCCCAAUAUUUUCAGAAUACUCAAACUAGGAUGCUAAUACCAAAUGUUUAGAUUAUAUCAUUUUGAUUCUAAUUUUUUACUUUAUAUAAUUUUAUAUAAUGUUGUAUACCUUUUGAAUGAAUAAUAUUUAGUUAAUUAAAAUUCAAUGUCAGUUUUUUUUCAAAAACCGAAAAAUAUUUUAUUAGAAUGAGUUUGAGGUGUCUUCCAUAAUAACUACUAAGAAAUAUUCCAGAUAAUGGAGUGGUAUUGCUGUACGGUAACACAAUUAAGUUAACAAUGAAAGACAGAAUUAUGAGGAAAUAUUAGGAACAGAGUGGUAUUUUGCUAGACUAUUUCACGUACAUGCAGCAUAAACCAUUUAUUAUAAAUGAGCCAUUCAUUCUGACAACUAUACAGCUAUAAUUAUUUCAUGCCAAACUGACAGACUGAUAGACCAAUCAGAAUUGAAAAACAGCUAGUGUUUUUGCGAUAACACAAGUUCUUUCUGGCUUGUCAUUAGUCAGAAAAUGUGGUGAAUGAAAUAGUCAUAAUAAUCUUCGAUCUCAAGCGUCAAAUCAGGUUUAAUAGAAAAAUAGCUAUUUCAACUUCUUCUAUAAUCACUAUUUUUCUAUGUGAUGUUGAAUAAUCUCUUCGCCAUAUUCACCACAGUGGUGUUUUCCAAAAU